CGCACAGAUGCGGGUGAGACUGGCGGGGGGAGGAGGCGGAGGAGGAAAGGAAGCUACAUGCAUGAGCCCCACAGACUCUUGCAAGCCGGAUGCCCUCUGUGGAUGAAAGAUGUAUCAUGGAAUGAACCCGAGCAAUGGAGAUGGAUUUCUAGAGCAGCAGCAGCAACAGCCUCAAUCCCCCCAGAGACUCUUAGCCGUGAUUUUGUGGUUUCAGCUAGCCCUGUGCUUCGGACCUGCACAGCUCACCGGGGGGUUUGAUGAUCUUAACGUGUGUGCUGACCCAGGCAUUCCCGAGAAUGGCUUCCGGACCCCCAGCGGAGGGACUUUCUUUGAAAGUUCUGUGACCCGGUUUCACUGCCAAGAUGGAUUCAAACUGAAGGGCUCUACAAAAAGACUGUGCAUGAAGCAUCUUAAUGGGACCCUCGGCUGGAUCCCAAGUGAUAAGCCCAUCUGUGUGCAAGAAGAUUGCCGUAUCCCUCAAAUUGAAGAUGCUGAGAUUCAUAACAAGACAUACCGGCAUGGGGAUAAAUUAAUCAUCACCUGUCAUGAAGGAUUCAAGAUCCGUUACCCCGACCUCUACAACAUGGUUUCAUUAUGUCGCGAUGAUGGGACGUGGGAUAAUCUGCCCAUCUGUCAAGGCUGUCUGAGACCCUUAGCCUCUUCGAAUGGCUAUGUGAACAUCUCUGAGUUCCAGACCUCCUUCCCAGUAGGAACUGUGAUCUCUUACCACUGCUUCCCUGGAUUUAAACUAGAGGGGUCAGAGUACCUCGAGUGCUUACACAACCUUAUCUGGUCGUCCAGCCCACCCCGGUGCCUUGCUCUGGAAGUUUGUCCACUACCUCCCAUGGUGAGUCACGGAGAUUUCAUCUGCCACCCUCGGCCUUGUGAGCGGUACAACCAUGGGACCGUGGUGGAGUUCUACUGCGACCCUGGCUUCAGCCUCACCAGUGACUACAAGUACAUCACCUGUCAGUACGGAGAGUGGUUUCCUUCCUACCAAGUCUCCUGCAUCAAAUCAGAGCAAAUGUGGCCCAGCACCCAUGAGACCCUCCUGACCACGUGGAAGAUCGUGGCGUUCACAGCGACCAGUGUGCUGCUGGUACUGCUGCUUGUCAUCCUGGCCAGGAUGUUCCAGACCAAGUUCAAGGCCCACUUCCCCCCCAGAGGGCCUCCCAGGAGCUCCAGCAGUGACCCUGACUUCGUGGUGGUGGACGGCGUGCCUGUCAUGCUCCCAUCCUAUGACGAGGCCGUGAGUGGUGGCUUGAGUGCCUUAGGCCCCGGGUACCUGGCCUCCAUGGGCCAGGGCUGCCCCUUACCCGUGGACGACCAGAGCCCCCCAGCGUACCCCGGCUCAGCGGACAUGGACACAGGCCCUGAGGGGUCAGAAACCUGUGACAGCGCCUCAGGCUCCUCUGAGCUGCUCCAGAGUCUUUAUACCCCUCCCACGUGCCCAGGGGGUACCCGGCCCGCUGCUGCCAACCCUGACACCGUGGGGAGCACAGCCGGAGAGGUGGCAUCCACCAGCCCAGGCAUUGACAUCGCAGAUGAGAUCCCUCUAAUCGAAGAAGACCUUUAA